UCGCCUCUGUUUUACUACCCGUGAAGACGACCUCGACCUCACAACCUCCAACCACCUUGGAUAUAUCGACACUGCAUCUUGUGAGCCUCAUUACCGACCACCCCCUCUUUUCUCCACCCUCCCCCUCUCCGGUCCGUCGGUCGCUUGGUUCGUGUUUCUCUCCUGCGAGACCCAAUCUCUCUCCUCUUUUAUCGACUCUACCGUUUGUCGAUUUACUCGACGUCGCCAUCAUCAUGGCUGGCCGAAUGGUGCUAUACAAGUUGGUGGUUCUGGGAGAUGGUGGUGUGGGAAAGACAGCUCUUACCAUUCAGCUAUGUUUGCAGCACUUUGUUGAGACUUACGACCCCACGAUCGAGGAUUCAUACCGAAAGCAGGUUGUCAUCGAUAGCCAACCUUGCAUGCUCGAAGUACUCGAUACCGCUGGGCAGGAGGAAUAUACGGCACUACGGGAUCAAUGGAUCCGUGAUGGCGAAGGCUUCGUUCUUGUUUACAGCAUCUCAUCACGAUCCUCCUUCACUCGCAUCAAACGAUUUCACCAUCAGAUCCAACGAGUCAAAGAAUCGUGCGCUUCGUCGCCAUCUUAUCCCGGGUCUCCUAUCUCCGCUGCAAACCCGCAGUUGCCCGUGCCCAUUAUGCUUGUCGGUAACAAGAGCGACCGAGUCACUGAGAGAGAGGUCUCAACGCAAGAAGGUCAUGCUCUCGCCCGUGAGCUCGGCUGUGAGUUUGUAGAAGCUUCGGCCAAAAAUUGCAUCAACGUUGAAAAGGCGUUUUACGACGUUGUUAGGAUCCUACGUCGUCAACGACAACAAGCCUCACGCCCCUCGGAAAGAUCGAGCGGUCGGACGCGAACAGGCAACGGAGAUGCGAGGGGCGGCGAUCGAGACGAAAGACACAGAAAUAGGAACAAGGACCGAAGCAAGUCCAAGUGUGUGGUAUUAUGAGUGGAUACGUCCCAUUACGGAUUGGAAAUCUAUCAGUUAAGAGGAGGA